GUUGUCUUAUCGAAACAUGAAACAGAAUGGCUGACAUCAUACAUAAAGGGGGAAAAUUGGAUUGCCGAAUCCAUUAAAAAUAUAAAAACUGAAGAACGGUUGUAUGAAGAAGCAAGGAACUAUAUUAUCGAACAGUUCAACUUCCUUGAGAGCGAAAGUCAGACCGACAAGACUGAAGGAUUUGAUGUAACAAAGGAUUUGUCUUUCAAAUCAACUAAGAAAUCCAAAACUGAAGAGGAGGAUGUCGAUGAAGAAUUUGACUAUAUUGAAGAGGAUGAUGAAUUUGAAGAAUUUGAUGACGAUAACGAGCUAUGCGAAGAUGAAUAUGAUGAUAGUGACACUACGGUCGUUGGCAUUCUCAGAGUCAAAAUCGAUCAAGCGAGCGAUAUUUUAUCGGGCGGUAUGGGUGUUCGCGCCUUUAAGGUUAAUUCACAGGGAGCUGCCAAAAAAGGGACGCCUGCAUACACAGCCGACAGUGCCUACGGAGUACAUUGCGUCCCAGUACGCAAUGCAAAGGGACAGCUCGUUUUCGAAAUUUUCGAUAAAACGUUGACUGAUUUUAAUGCCGAAUUUUUACUAACGCUGAGUGAUUUGAUUACGCGCAAUUCAGAUGGACUAUAUAAUAAGAAACAAGCCUUGGAAAAAAGUGAACAGAUCAAUAUUCCGGGAGGGUCUAAGUGCAAGAUACGGCUUAACGCUCAAUUUUAUUCUACAAGAUCUGAAAGUGGCCGCUUCGAUUUCAGCAAGGACACUGUUGACAUCAAUGACUUGUACCGUCUUAUCGGCAUGACAUUUAACGCCAGUCUUUCCGAUGUCAGCAACAACUUAGCCCUCAGCUUUAAAGUUGAAUCUGCGUCGGAUUUUUUUCACGCCCUAGCAACGCGUAUUGGGACUGACAAACAGCUAAUGUCUAGAUAUGUUACCGAUGAUGGAAGUCUCGUGUAUGAUGAGCCAAGUACGAUUCCUGAAACAAAGUCUGAAAUUUUGCCGUCUGCGCCCAUUGCUGAUGACCCUUUGAAUAAGCCGAAAUCGGUGUCCACGGACUUUAUUUCUAUUUCUCAGUCUGUUUAUUCG